AGAUUCCAUAGAAAUCUUUGGUAUUGGAAGCCUUCAAAAGAUUUUCCUCUUUCGCUAUCCUUCUCCAGACCUGUUGCCUUCCAGUUUUGUACUUGCCUGUGAUCUCUUGAAAUAUUUUACAUGAUUUGCCAUGGUUACAUGAACAACUGGGAAGUGGUAUUUGCACCAUCUCGUAUGGUAUUCACUAUGGUGCAUUAAGAAAACUGGGGAAAAAAAAAAAAACCUUCCAAAGCAAUAUAUUAAAUUUAAAAAAAAAUGAAUCUUAUCGUGAAGCUUCGGAGAAGUUUUCGAACACUGAUUGUUCUCUUAGCUACCUUUUGCUUGGUGAGCAUUGUCAUUUCUGCCUAUUUCCUCUACUCUGGCUACAAACAGGAAAUGACACUUAUUGAAACGAAUGCAGAAGCUGAGUGUGCCAACGUAAAAAUUCUGCCCUAUCGCUCAACAGAGCUGAAAACAGUUAAACCAAUUGACACAUCCAAAACAGAUCCUACUGUCCUCCUGUUUGUGGAGAGCCAAUACUCCCAACUGGGACAAGACAUCAUAGCUAUCUUGGAAUCCAGCAGAUUUCAGUACCAUAUGGUUAUUGCUCCUGGAAAGGGAGACAUACCUCCUCUUACAGACAAUGGCAAAGGGAAAUACAUUCUAGUCAUCUAUGAAAAUAUUCUCAAGUACGUCAGUAUGGACUCAUGGAAUCGAGAGCUCUUGGAAAAAUACUGCGUGGAAUACAGUGUUAGUAUCAUCAGCUUUCAUAAAGCCAAUGAGAACAGCUUACCAAACACACAGUUAAAAGGAUUUCCAUUAAUCCUUUUCAAUAAUCUAGCUCUAAAGGACUGUUUUGUCAACCCUCAAUCUCCUUUGCUGCAUAUUACCAAAGCUCCCAAGAUUGAUAAAGGUCCACUUCCUGGGGAAGACUGGACUAUUUUCCAAUAUAAUCAUUCAACCUACCAGCCUGUACUUUUAACUGAAUUACAGACAGAAAAAUCACUCUCAUCUUUGUCCAGCAAACCACUCCAUGCCACCGUGAUUCAGGACCUGGGACUUCAUGAUGGAAUUCAGAGAGUCCUUUUUGGAAACAACUUGAACUUUUGGCUUCACAAGCUCAUCUUCAUAGACGCCAUCUCCUUCCUGUCAGGAAAGAGGCUGAUGUUGUCCUUGGACAGGUACAUCCUUGUGGAUAUUGACGAUAUCUUUGUUGGAAAGGAAGGAACCAGGAUGAAUGUCAAAGAUGUCAAGGCAUUACUAGAGACUCAAAAUUUACUGCGCACUCAGGUUGCAAAUUUUACCUUCAACCUUGGAUUUUCAGGGAAGUUUUACCACACAGGAACUGAGGAAGAAGAUGAAGGCGAUGACCUUCUGCUGAGGUCUGUGGAGGAGUUCUGGUGGUUCCCUCACAUGUGGAGCCACAUGCAGCCCCACCUCUUCCACAACGAGUCGUCUUUGGUGGAGCAGAUGAUUCUCAAUAAGGAAUUUGCACUGGAACAUGGGAUACCCAUCCACAUGGGCUAUGCGGUGGCGCCACAUCACUCUGGGGUCUACCCGGUCCACAUGCAGCUUUACGCAGCCUGGAAGAAAGUGUGGAGUAUUCAGGUCACCAGCACUGAAGAGUAUCCACAUUUGAAACCUGCGCGUUACCGAAAGGGCUUCAUUCACAAUAGCAUCAUGGUCCUCCCUCGACAGACCUGUGGGUUGUUCACUCACACUAUCUUCUACAAAGAAUAUCCUGGAGGACCCCAAGAGUUGGAUAAAAGCAUCAGAGGAGGUGAACUUUUCCUCACAAUCCUUCUCAAUCCAAUCAGCAUCUUCAUGACCCACUUGUCGAACUAUGGGAAUGACCGGCUAGGGCUAUAUACCUUUGUGAACUUGGCCAACUUCCUUCAGAGCUGGACCAACUUGAAAUUGCAGACUCUGCCUCCAGUGGAGCUGGCCCACAAGUACUUUGAGAUCUUCCCUGAACAGAAAGACCCUCUCUGGCAGAAUCCAUGCGAUGAUAAACGACACAAAGACAUUUGGUCCAGAGAAAAAACAUGUGACCACUUACCCAAAUUCCUUGUAAUAGGGCCACAGAAAACAGGAACAACUGCACUUUAUUUAUUUCUUCUUAUGCACCCUUCCAUCAUCAGCAAUCUCCCCAACCCAAAAACAUUUGAAGAAGUUCAAUUCUUUAAUGGAAACAACUAUCACAAAGGAAUUGACUGGUAUAUGGAUUUCUUCCCUAGUCCAUCCAACAUUACAAAUGACUUUCUAUUUGAAAAGAGUGCUAACUACUUCCAUUCAGAAGAUGCCCCCAGACGAGCUGCAUCUCUGAUCCCCAAAGCCAAGAUCAUCACCAUUCUCAUCGACCCCUCAGACAGGGCAUAUUCUUGGUACCAGCACCAAAGAUCACAUGAAGAUCCAGCCGCCCUGAGGUUUAAUUUCUAUGAAGUUAUUACAACAGGACACUGGGCUCCAUCAGAUGUAAAAACUUUGCAGAGACGAUGCCUACUCCCUGGAUGGUAUGCAGUCCACAUAGAAAGAUGGCUAACUUACUUUGCUACUUCUCAGUUGUUAAUCAUUGAUGGACAGCAGCUGAGAUCUGACCCAGCUACUGUGAUGGAUGAAGUCCAGAAGUUUCUGGGAGUUACACCUCAUUAUAAUUACUCUGAAGCAUUAACGUUUGAUCCCCAAAAGGGGUUUUGGUGUCAGCUGCUGGAAGGAGGAAAGACCAAAUGUCUUGGUAAAAGCAAAGGCCGGAAGUAUCCACCUAUGGAUCCGGAGGCUAGAACUUUCCUUUCUAAUUACUACCGCGAUCAUAAUGUGGAACUCUCCAAACUGCUGCACAGAUUGGGACAGCCUCUGCCAUCCUGGCUGAGACAGGAGCUGCAGAAAGUGAGAUAGCGCCAGAGACAAGAACCAAGGCUUGCAAGAUUCUUACACUCAGCAUUAAACAACAAACCCUUCUCCUUUCUGUCCCUGUAGUGCGCUAGUGAUUGUCAACAAAGGAAUGUAUGGAUAAAUUUAUUUCUAUCUUUUUUCAUGCAGUGAAAACUGUUAUAUAUGCACGCAUUUGGCCAGUGACUAAUAUUACUCCUUGCGUGAGCUUCGGGGGAAUAAUGGGGAGCUUUGUAGCAUUAGCCAGUUUCCAGUGUGGGAAUUUUAACAGUCUCAUUCCUCUGUUAGCUCUAAGGUUUCAGAAACGGUAUAUGUAACUAGCAACCCUAAGAGUAUGCAGGUGACAAAUAAGAAUCUUGAUGAAAAGACAAAGACUGAGACACCAGUCAAUGACGUUAGGAGUAACCCAAUAUCUGACUUUUAAGGGCUUGCAUUUCUAUGUGUUAAUUUAAAACCAUUUUUUGCUUUUGGCAUAAAAAGAAAUUAGAUAAUCCCAUAUUCUGCUUUUUUUUGUUUUUAAAAUAAUAUUUUUUUUAUUUUUUAUUUUUUAAUAAUUUAUUUCUUUGUUGGGGAAUUAAUGUUUUACAUUCAACAGUAAAUACAAUAGUUUGUACAUGCAUAACAUUCCCCAGAUUCCCAUUUAACAAUACAACCCCCACUAUGU